UUUGUUUUUCUGCUGGUUUAUCUCUUUAUCUCUUCAUUAUUAUUAUAUUUUCUAAUCAUCAAAUUGAGAUAUUUUUAUCAAAAUUAAAUGCUAUGCCAAUAGACAUACAAAAUAUUGAAUCAAUCAAACAACAGAAAGAGCCAACAUUAAUGAAGAAUAGAAUAAAUGAAUCUACACGGGAAUUAUCUAGUGAUACUAAAUUAACUUCUCAAGAAUUGGAUCAUCUUUGUUCAGUAAUGAUACGUGCAAAGGAAUUUGAUGAAAAAGAAUCAAAAAAUUUUGAAGGUCAAUUAUGUAAAUAUACCAAUGUGGUUAAAGGUUGGCAAUAUCGUUGGUUCGUUAUCAAUUCUAUUGGUGGCAUGCUUGAAUAUUAUACGUCAAAAGAUAGACAUAAACAGAGAGGUUAUUUUUGUCUUGCCAAUUGUCAAGUGAUACCAUCUGAUGAAGAUUCGCAAACAUUUUCCGUUCAUUCUGCCGGUGGAGAAGUUUAUAAAUUAAAAGCAGCCAAUGCAAAAGAUCGACAAAUAUGGGUGGAUAAUCUACGUUUGGCUGUACAAUUACAAGAAGAUAAAAUACAACAAAAUUCGACAAUAAAUUCAAUCAAAUUCAAUUCAGAUUUAUUAAGCUCUUUUGAUGGUGUACAAAAUCAGUUAUCAGUGGCCAAAGAUCAUCAUGAUACAAUAGUGAAACUAAUUGAAAAUAUUUCCAAUACUGACGAAGAUUUAUUAAUCCUGAAAGCAACUUCAUUAGCUGCCAUUAAUUCAUUGGAGCAAUGUUUUUCCGUAUUAGAAUCAUUGAAUUAUAGUAAUAAUAAUUAUUAUAAAAAAUAAAAUAAAAAAUUCUUUAAAAAUCUUAA